CGGCGGGCCCGGGCGGCGGCGGCGGCGGCGGCGCCAUGAGGAACGGCGAGGACCUGGAGGGCUUCGAUGGCGAGGCGUCCAGCACCUCCAUGAUCGCGGGGGCCAGCAGCCCCUACCAGCCCACCACAGAGCCCGUCAGCCAGCGCGGCGGGCUGCGCGGCGUCCGCUGCGACCCGGACUACGUGCGCGGCGCCUUCGGCAGGAUGAAGCUGGCCGAGGUGGUUUUGGCACUGAUUGCAUUCAUCUGCAUAGAGACCAUUAUGGAAUGCUCCCCUUGCGAAGGCCUUUAUUUCUUCGAGUUUGUGAGCUGUAGUGCAUUGGUGGUUACUGGAGUUCUGUUGCUUAUGUUCAGUCUAAAUCUUCAUACAAGAAUACCACAGAUCAACUGGAACCUUACUGAUCUGGUCAACACUGGACUCAGCACUUUCUUCUUUUCCGUUGCCUCUGUAGUACUCGCUGCUUUAAACCAUAAAACUGGAGCAGAAAUUGCUGCUGUGAUAUUUGGUUUCUUGGCAAUGGCAGUGUAUGCUGUGAACACGUACUUAGCUAUUAAAAAGUGGCGAAUGAACAGCGGACAGCAAAGCAGUCGGCAGACCAGUGAUUACAUACGUGCUCGGACAGAAUCCAGAGAAGUAGAUCAUCGCCCUGAGAUUCAGCGUCUGGAUGCAUGAAAGUGAUAUCCAAAUGGGACUGCAAAGGGAAAAAAAAAAAGAGUGCUUAAUUUUCCCUCAUGGAACAAAGGGUAUUUUUCCUUUAUUUAAGGAAGAAAAUGAAGAUGACUGUGGCAAGGAAUGCCCAGCCCUGCAUAUGUGCAGAGAUGCAUUGAGUCAGAAGCUGUUGUCACGAAGAGAAUAAAUGUUGGUCGUUCAAAAGCAAGAUCUGUUUAAGAUGUGUGUGCGUGUAUGUAUAUGCACAUAUGCAUACAUUAUGUGUAUAUUAUAUACACACACACAUAUAUGUGUGUGUGCAUAUAUAUAGAUACAUGUUAUGUUAAUGUUUUGGAUUAACGAUGCAGUACUUCUUUGCUCUCCUAAGUACAAGCUCUGAAUAUACAUGUUCUGCCACUAUUUUUUCAUCUGUCAUAAACAUGAAGACCAACACUAUAUUUUUGGUUAAUAUAAGAAAAAGAAGUUCACCAAAAGUAGAUUGGGGCAAAUAGCAAUAACUUUAGCAGUGUAUGUUGUCCAACAAGUCUCUGUAGCCUUUCUCAUGCAGCCUUGGCAGUGCAGUUCAAUUCUCAUCUGCAAGAGCUUGUGCAGUUUCUUUGUUUGUGUACUUACAUAGCUGAAAUAGCCAUUUCACAUUUCCGGGUUGAUGGAUAUAAUGAUAACGUAGUUAUUCUGUGAAUUACUCUGAAAUUGUCAUACUCAGUUCAUGUGUGAUACUGGUGAAAUCUGAACUUGUGCAAGAUUAGCAUGUUUGCUGAAUGGUCACCAUAAUGCAUGCAGAAGUAUGUUGUUUUCUGCUAAAGUUGGAGUACAAUGCUAUCUUUUGUUCCAAAAUGGAAAACGAAUGCGUGGAGAGGGGGAGAAAGGAGAUAAAGGGGCACAGUGAUGAAGGCGAGAAAGAAGGGAUUUCUGGUGGACUUGCAUUUCAGUCAUAGUGGGGGGAUUUUACGUGUUUUUAAGGUUCAGCCUUUCUGAAAACUCUAGGGUAAGCAAGAACUAGCAAAAAUUUAUGAUAUCUUAGAAAACGUUUUGAAGAUCACUGUAUUGUGAUUCAUGUAGGAAAAUAGUUUCAGGGGGUUGUUUGUUUCUUCUAAAAUUAAAACUGUUGGUAGUAGGUAAAAACAAUGUUUUUUUUUUUUGAUUUGGGUGUGUCUACAAAAUACUCUUCUAACAUUCCUAUGGGAAAUGAGUAUAGAUAAUAGGAGGAAAAUAGGGUUGUAUUGAUUUGUUAAUAGAUGGUUCUACCUAGUCAAAUUUGUCUUGUUUUCACUGUAUUUCCAGUGAAGAGGAGGAUAUUUUCUCUACUUAAAACUUGAAUUCUUCAGUAAUUGGCUAGAUACUAUCAUAAUGGUAUUAGGAAGAUGUCUCUCAAUGUUUUCUCAUUUUGAUUAGUAUUUUAAUGCGUAUAAUUCAUCAUAUGGCAUAUGUGUGCCUGCAUAUUAUAUAAAGAAAAUGUGUGGGAAGAUGGUCUCUUGAGCUGAAUUCCUAUCUGGUGUAAACUGAUGAAAUCUUUGAAAUUAGUGGAAUUGUAUUGCUGGAUUGCUACAUAUGCCUGAAUUUAUCCCACAUCUGACUUGAACACUUUUUGGUAUUGUAUUUUCAUGUAAUGGUAGCCCUAAGCGGAUGAAUGCAGUUAAUCGGAGUCUUACAAACAAAAGGCAAUACAUUUCAGAUAGGUCACUUAAGUACAACAAAUGUAUUUUGAAAAGCAGUUACAUGAAACAGAAGAUUGGUACAAAUGCCUGGGCUUGUUUUAAUAGUGGAAGAAACUGGGAGAGUACGGGAUUUGAACUUUGUGCUGCAAUAUUUGAAUCAAGCAACAGAGAUUAUUCUGAUGUGUGAAAACCAGAUAACAAAACUGCUGUACUUUCAUACAUUGUGUAAUCUACACUUCACCUCAAUGACUUAAGACUAGAUUAAAAGUACAGAGGACUUAGUAAUGCAUUUAAAGAAAACUUGCCCUUUUAACUCAGCAGUGGUGUUCCAGUUACUAUACUUGACAUCUUAUUGCAAGCUGAUGCCAAAGGGACACUGAAUUUAAAAUACCGAGCCAUUCAAACUAACCUCUGUUUUUGGAUUUAAAACCACCAUUUUUAUUAAGGUGGUGUUUCGUCACAAAUACUGAGUGUCUCUAUGAAAAGAAAAUAGUUCUAUGUUCAGUGUAGUAUUAAAUAAUGAAAUUUAUAGCCAAUAUUCUACUAUUUUUCAGCACUCUGUACCUAGUACAGAGACAAUUUACAAGGAGAGAUUUUAGACAGCGUCCAUUAUUUAAAAAAAUACAAAGCAUAACUCUUUUAAAAGUAACAGAUCUAGACUGUUUAAUAUCAAUUCUAAAUUGAUAUUAAAGCAGACUGCACAGAAAAACCCCAAAAAACAAAAUAAAAGCCCCCCCCCCCCGCUCAAAUACAGAAUAUUGUCCUGCAGAAGAUAGAUUGCUUUCAGAGUGGAAUUUUCAUCUGAAGUCAGGAAACCGAAGUGAUGUGAUGCACAGCAGAGGCUUUUCCGUAUGGGUGUAUCCUGUGUGCUGAUCGUGGAGGGCCUGGAGCGGCGUGCAGCGGGCGCCCCUUUACCGCUCUGUAGACACUGCCUUCGCUCUGGUCUUUUUGUUUCUCACAGGUUUGGGAUGGUCUCUUGCAUCUGUAAGUUCAUGAACUUGAAAUCUUUCAUUGACUUUUCGCCUUUCCUUACCUAGAAAAAAGGAGAACUUUGCAGAGUUUUCUCUGAAGUAAGAUGAAAAGCUUUUGACUUCUUGCUUGAAUGACAAAGGCUUCUUAAUUGGUACGAAUGAUACACAGUUACACUUCUAACACCGUAUAAUACUGUAUCAGUUGCUGUAGUGUAUCUGUAUGACCUCAAGUGCUUUUAGACAUGAAAUAUAAUUGUCUUCACCUGAGAACAGUAUGCCAUUAUUUACAAUUUACAUAAUGACUUGAGCUCAGCACAGCUUUCAGGGUAGAAUUCAAAAAGAAUAUGAACUUAAAAUACUAUCUGAUAUGCUUUGUAAACAAGAAAAGAACUGUAAAUUUGUAAUUUCCUUAUUUUGGAGACCAAAGAUGAUUUUAGUAUUGUACAGUAUAUACUUUCUAAAAAUCUAAGUUAAGGAUUUAUUAGUCUAUGGAGACACUAUUUACUAUUUGGAUUAUAGAGAAGGCAAAUACAGUAGAUAUGAGAUAGACGACUAAAUUUGAAGUAUUAAGAUCAUAUGAUAUAUACACGGUUGAGUUUUUUACAGACGUGAUUUUAUUGUCGUGAAUUGGAAAGAUAGUAAAUACUUGAAUAAAGACUGUUAUCCAAACUGCAAAUAUCAUUAAAAAAAAAAAAAAAAAAAAAAAAAACCCACUUAUGGAAUAAAAUAAGGCAGAAAGUUUAAUUUUUUGAAACUUGCUGAGAAACGUCACAUUAAAUGCUUCUCCCAGCCAGCUAGUCUUGUUUGAAAUUGCUGAGCAUAGAGGGAUAACUGAAUUUAUUCCUUGAGAAUACUGCUUGGCUCAACAGAGGGACCCAAAAACCAGUGUAAAUAAAACUAAAUUAAAGCUAAGCAGUUCAACCAUUUGGGAAUGGGAUGCUUGAAGCAGCAGUGGAAUUCUGAUUAUUUCUCUUAAGUCGGACUAUGCCCUCAGAUAUGCAAUCUUAAUGUAUUUCUGUAUGUAGAAAUGAGGGCAAAUUUCGCAACCGAUGUACAGAUGUUGAAAGAUGAAUUAAUAGAAAAUGAUUGGAGCAAUAGCAUAAUUGUUGUACAGUGUUAAAAAAGUACGUAUUUUCUUUUAAUGCUAAGUUCAGUUUUAUCAGCCUUAGUUGAAGUUUAUCAUGCCUUCCUGUAAUGAUAUGCAAGUUGCCUACAAUAGAAAAAAGUUUCUAAAACCAUAGUUGAGAACUAAUUUAACAAUUUAAUUGCUCAACAGUAAAGGUGAUUCCUCCUUACUCUGGACUUCCUUUCAUCCUAUGUAUUCAUUCCUCAUCUGUCUUAUGUUUUGAUACCUUGUUUUUGUUGAUCCUUCUUCAUUGAUCUGUAUAGUGUCUGCCUCACUAUAAGGAAGAUAUUUAAAAGAAUGUUGGAUGUACUGUCAUUAAGUAGAUUACUCUUCCCUUUUAUAAUAGCUUGAUGUUUGGGCUGGAUGUGCUGAGGGAAUUUCUGUUCCUGCCCUGGACCUUUGGAGCUAGCUGAUACACUGCUGCGUGUGUUUGUACGUUUUCUGUUAGGAGCCACGCGCUCAGCGAUUGAGAUGAUUAGAGAUUCUUCUACCUCUGCCGUCUUAAAGAACAAGGUACUGACUCCUGAGAUCCGAUGCCUGAAUUUUGGUCUUGUGCUAUUCAUAGUUGUCCUUAUAUUCAGAUGUUUAGCAUCAGCAAAGAGCUGUGCUGUGGAAACAGUUUGCCACCUUUUGCUUAUAAGAUUUCCCUUAGAUGUGAAUUUAAAUAAAAUCAAUAGUGGAGAGAGCUUCUUCAUAGGCUUUGUCACAUCUGUGUUUCACAGCACAUCUUGUCAUAUAGUUUGGAAUUGUUUUUAUUUUCUCUGUAUUUCAUUGUUGAUUCUAGUAAGAAGAGGGGGAAAUUGGGAAAAUUUCCAGUCUUCCCUAAGUUAGUAGUUAUUCUUUUUCUCCUAUUCUGUGAAUUACUUUGUACCAUAUGAUGAUUGCCCCUUCCUAAUACUGCAGGCUUAGUGGUAAUAAAAUAAUAUUCUUUACGCUAUUAGAACGAAUGCUGUGGACCAUAGCAGGGAACUGGUCCGCUAUGAGCGGAAUGUGAACUGUUAUCAGUGAAUUAACCACUAGUUUUUCAUGAACAUUGAUGUGUAAGAUCCCUAAACAAAUUUUGUUGGCUACCUUUGUGCUAUUUUGGAGAUGAGCGGGCACAGCAAAUGCUUACCUAAUACAUGAUUUUAUUAAUACAGCCCUUUCUUUUCUCUCUUCAGUCUCUGUUCUGUAUUUUCUUUUCCCAUGACACCUUUAUAAACAUUCCUACCUGUUCUCUUUUGUGAGAAAAAAAAUUAAUACUAUUUUAGAGUAUUGUUCCACAAACAACCAAGUAGCAAAUCAAGUACUAUACUAUCUCAUCUGAAGUAGGAGAGAGGCUAUUAUUUUCAGAAGAGCUUUGUACAUGGAAAACAAAGCAUAAACAGCAGGUCUUGCACUGAAAGCUCUGGGGCCGGAAGUCUUCAGCAGAUAUUUAGGGUAAAUAAAUAGGCAGGUGGAAUCCAGCUAUGAAUUUGAGAUGUAAAAAAGGGUGGCAAGAGGAAAGAAAACCAGGCUUAACAAUCCUGUGUUUUCAAAGUGGUGUGUGAACAUUAACAAUCCUCAAAUGAAGGAUUUUUCCCUCAUUUAACAGAGAAGGAGACAGACACCUUGAAUCCGAAGUAGGCAUAGAAGCGUCUCCUCUUUGUUCCUGGCCCUGGGGUCCUGAUACCCUUAAAACAGCCCGAGGUGCAGAGAUUUUUGCGUUAGGGCAAUGAUAGGUUUGAGGGUGCAGCUCGGGUAUGCUGUCAAGUGAGUGGGAUUAUCGGGUGACUUUUGCUGAGUUGAGUGUAGCUGUCGGUUCAGAGAGCUGCGGAAUUUAGCCCCUUCCGUCAGGAGGGCCGCGCGUGCCUGCGAGACGAGAGGACGGGGACCUACAAGAACGGACUGCGAUUUGCAGAGCGCUUUACGCGCUCCCUAGUCCCCAGAAAUGAGUAAGGUCACGUAGCAUUUCUGAAACUCGGGUGCUCGUUGUUGUUCUGCAGUAGCGUGAAGCAGUGGACUGUGUCGGGGACUGCGGCCGGUUAAGAUGGACAGACUGUGCAGGUACAGGGGUGUUGCGUCCGAACCUGUUUUAGAUCGAAUGGCAACAGAAUUGUUUAAAAAUAAGCUGAAAUAGGUACAAAACCCAGCAGAAUGUUCUACUAUUUGCCUAGAAGUAAUGUUUGAAAAUAAUAGUUUGUAGAAAUUAUGCCAUAUUUCCCUCUUUGUUUUAACAAAUGAAAUUGAUUAAAAAUGAAUUUAUACAAAUAAUCAGGACAUCUCUGGAUGCUAAUUCAGAGUUUUUCCUAGUAAGCUGUUACUCCUAUCAGCCACUGGGCUUCUGGGAUAGAUCUAUUUGAGAGAGUCAGUGGGGUGCUGUCCAACUUGAAUUUUUGUUGUUCUGGUCUUACUUUUUGUGUUGUUUUAAAACCUGUCUAUAAUUUAACCAUUUGUAUUCUAAAAAUAAUCUGUAAAAAGCUGCUUACACUGUGAUUUGUAAUAUCCUUUAAUUUAGAGUGUGUAACACAAUCUAAUGUUCUUUCACAAUGCGCAGCUUUCAAAAGUGUUCUUAUAUAUGCCCAGAAAUGAAAGUUAUCUAUUUAUCAUAAAAAUGUGAUUAGAUAGUUACCUAUCCAGAAUCCUGGUGCAACUCUUUCAAAUGUGCUGGAUGGAUAAGUUAAUGAAAAUGCCUUCUAAUCUCUAUGGGUUAAUAAAUAUUUUUUAUAACUAGCCACAAAUAUUCCUUUUUAAAUUAUACUUGGCAAACGGAAGAUAUUUAAUUUUAUAUACACUAUACAUAGUUACCUUGAUUGACAUAUUUAUAACAUAGAGCUUUGAGUUUACUAUGAAGGUUUUAUCUGUAUACUAUGGACUUCCUGGGUAAAAGUUUUAAAAACCAGUUGGUAUAUAUGGAAGGAUAUGGAAGCUAUCCUCAUAAAUUCGUAAUGAGGACAUACGAGCAUUUCAAAAAGCGAUAGCCAGGGUAUCUGGGUUUUUUGUCUUUGAUCAGGGCUGGUCCCUACAGACAUUUUAAUAACACCUGGAUGUGCAUAACUGAAAUAUGACCAUCUCUGCCUCUCUGACAGUCAAGGACUAUCAUCUACAGAAUAUUGUUUUUGUUUUGCUUUGGACAAAUGUCUCAAUAGACAUAUUUAGUUAAAACCUUUGGUUUUGAAAGAAGAUACCCUCUAUUAAGUAGGCUGAUUUAUUUAAACUACAAUACUUUUGGAAUUAAAAGGUUACCAGAAGUAAUACUUUCAGUAAUGUUGCAUUUAUCCUGAUGUCUCCAAGUUAGAGUGAUUCUGUCUUAGCACCCUUAUAUUACAACAAUCACUACCUUCAUUUUUCUACUGUUUAUACUUUAAUCUUGAAUGUUUACUGGAUUCUACUUGUUGGAUAUAGUGGAGGGAGAGUAUAUCUUAACACUACAGUUCAUCCAGCUUUAACUCACAGGUCACAGUUCUAAAGUAGGAAGUUACUUUGAUAUAUUUUGUGACCAAUUUAUUACAUUUUUAAAUGAUUUCUACAGUUAAGACUACAUUUAGGACAUAAUAUAGCAAAUGACUUAGCUAAUUGUUUUAUUUGUCUAGACUUACUCUCUUCUGUCUUAGCAUCAUUUUGAAACUAUUUGUAUAUGUUGAAGUUUGCAAGGGUUCAGGAACCCGCAAUAAAAAUAGUAAAGUAUGUAUUUAUUUCUCAUUGUAUUGCUCAAUUUUGAUUUAAAAGAUGACGCUUUUCACAUAAUUGUGAAAUGUCUUUUCACAUAAUUGUAAACAGAUACCGAAAAACUGCUUCACCUAGGGUGCCUUCCAUGUGUGGUAUAAACACUUGUUGGUCAUUAAAAUAGAUAAGUAAACUUAAUAAACCAGUGAACGCUAUUUUUGUAUUGUCUCACUAAUGCAUUUUUGGCUUUGUUGUGCUUUGACUCACUGAUACCAGCCUUAUGGCUCCUGUAGUCAUUUUUCUCCCUUUGUGCACUAAAGAGUAAUUUUGAUCUCACAGUGAAAAGAUUGUAUCACUUUUGCUCUGCUCUGCCUUCCAGUGCUACCCGAAAGAUGGAGAUGAAGCACAUUGGUUAAAUGAGCUAAAACAUGCUACAACUUUUUUCCUUGAAACUCGUGUAAAGAGACGCUCACUGUGGGAUAUGUUUGUAUCCUCAGUGCCAGUCCCUGGUCCUCUAGAAAAAUGCAGUAGACAUGAUCUAAAUAUUCCUGAUUCUAGCUCAUAGUUUAUGAUGCCUGGGAAGGGACAUCUAGGCUUGGCUUAGAUUUCCUCCCGCAGGGGUGUAACUCCUGUACUGACAGACUUGUAAUUGUUGAACAGCUCAGAAGCGUUGGCCAAAAUCGUUAGAAUUCUGUCGCGGGCUGAGCAAAGGGGAUACAACUUACUUUUACUGUACGAGCACAAUUCUGCUAUGUGAUACCCUUACUAUUUUGCUUCUCAAAUAAGAAAAAGUGUAAUAUUUUGCCAAGGAAAAUCUUUUACAUGUACUGUAUAUGCUGUUGCAAAUGCAGAACCUGACUCUGUUGUCCUUACUCAGGCAAAAUUGACUUUGGGGACUGCAGGAUCAGGUACCCUUUUUCAUCGUAAGCAUGUUUUGAUCAAUGAAUUGAAAGACUAUCUCAUCUUAGCAGACAUUAAUAUAGCAACAGAUUACAGCCUGAAGCAAUUUCACUUCAUUUUUGGUAAGUAUUUUUGAAGUGAUCUCAAGAUCUGCACAAAGAUCAGCUGAUAAAAUUGAUGCUUUCAGUGGAGAUGCCUGCUGCUGUGUUCACUGUCUGCGCGGUAUCAGCAGCUGGAGCUUAGGAGUGUUAAGGGUAGCAUCUUCCAGCUCGCUAUCUGAAAGUCGUGCUUUAAACAAUUUCAGAGGCAAGGUUGCUCAGCCAGAAAACACAACUCCUGAAGUGUUUUAUACCAAUAAUGAUUUUGUAGUAUGUUGUGCACUUCUUUUCUGUUGAUUCUUGAUGCUAAACAAAAACACAAGUUGAAGGAUUGUAACGUCUUGCAAUACCGAAAGCAGUCCGUAUUUUAAAAAUUCAUACCAUUACAGCAUAAUUUAAAUGGUGUAUUUAUCAGUUUUAAAUGUCAUUUUGCUUGUCCAGUCUUUUGUAUAUGGGCACAAUAACUAUUUGUAAAUUUUUUAAUUUAGUUGUCUUUUCCUGUCUUUGUCUUUCUGAUAUUUGAAGAUUUGAGCUCUACAGAUUUUCAUGGUACUCUUCUACUUAUGUCUUCAUAGUGGUAAAAGUCUGUAUUUUUGUAUGUAGGGAAAAUGGUAGUUUUUUAACACUUAUAUUGAUCAAUAUAGUAUGGAAUCACUUGUGAAGGACUUCCUGUUUAAUAAAUGGAUAUAUUAAAGUA